AUGGAGGUUGUUCCACAGUUGAACAGGCGCAAAGCCUGCGACCUUUGCUUCACCAAGAAGAUAAAAUGUGACAUGAUGAAACCCGUGUGCUCCAAUUGUCGCACAUACAAGAGCGAAUGCAGGACCACGGCUAUCCGUCGACGGGCAGGAGUUAGUAGGAAACCUGCCGUAUCCCUUGACCCGCUAAAUGCCUCGCAUCCGGGCCUGGGCGGUGCAACUGCGGCUCCGGACAAGACGCUCUCAGCCCACGUGCCGACUGCAGCUGCAUCUAGCGGGCCCCAGUUGGAUCCCGGGCUGGAGUCGCGUCUGGCACGCAUCGAACAGCAACUGCAGCAGGUUCUCUCUGUUGCCUCCAGCGCGGUGAACAGGGCCAACGAGCUCGAAGCGCAAUGUCCCUCGACAGACUCGAGUGGCAAGACGCUCUCCAGCGUCUUCGACGGCGACGACGAUGACGACGACGACGGCGGCGGCGGCGGUGGUGGCGGUGACGAUGUCGGACCCGAGGCCCUCAACAAUGACGACCAUGUGGUCCGCACGCCCAUCCCAAAGCUGCCACCGCUUGAGGAGCUGCAACCAAUCGUGGACAGCUACUUUGCAUACUUCAACCACGCGAUCCCCAUUUUUUCCCAACCGGAAUUUGCCCGCUUGCUCGCCGGCUGGUACUCGGCUCCCUCACGUCGUUCGCGGGCGGCUUGGGCAGCCAUCAACAUCGUCCUAGCCCUUUCAUCCAGUAUCCCGCUAGUGCCGCGUCAACAGGUAGAUUACGACGAUGACCCAAAGACCGUGUAUUACAUGAGCAAUGCCCAGUCCGUCUUGGCAGAGCUUGUGACACGCGACGAAGACCUGCUCGGGCUGCAGGUCCUGCUCGGGCUGGUCUUUCUCCUCCAAGGCAGCAAGGAUCCCCGCUCGGCAUCGGUGCUGAUCGGUGCGGCGGUCAGGCUCACGCAUCGCCUCCGGCUGCAAUCGAGGGACAACAUCGAAGAGAACUACACGGCCGAGGAGGGACUGCACCGGUGCCGACUCUUCUGGAUCGCGUACCUACUGGACAAGGAAAUAUCUAUACGCCACCAUACGCCAUCCGUGCAGGUGGAUGCCGACAUUGAUCUCGACCUGCCAUCACGCCACCCGCCCGACGGCGUCAGCGAAAUUUACACAGCCGACGGACGAGUGCGCGUGAACUACCUGCGCCUGCGGGUUCAGCUCGCCCACAUCCAAGGUCGGACGUACGAUCUCCUGUACUCGACACGCAGCACGAGGAUAUCUCCCCAGGAACGGCAGUCCCGUGUGGUGAGGCUCGCAGCCCAGCUCGAGAAGUGGAGGCGCAGCAUCCCUGCUGAGAUGCAACUGGGAUCGGUCGACCGCCACCUGGAUCGCUUUGCACUGAUACACAUGGCUACACUGCUAUGGUCGUACCAUGCGUCCUUGGCCACGAUCCACGGGGUCUGGAGUCACAACGCGCACUGGAUGAAGCGCAUUUCCAACUACAGCCAGGCUGUCAUCCGGGACAGCGAAGUCGACGGGCGCAAGUGUUGCUACCACCAACAUCCGCCGCUGCCGGCGGCUUGGAAACGCCUUCUAGGGGCCAGCCGCGAGUGCCUUGCGCUGGCAAACAAGAUGCCCCGGAGUGACUGCAAUGUCUGGGCCAACACGUGUUCUUUGUUCUCAGCAAUGAUCAUCAUCAUGUCGAACAUGUACGAGUUCCCCGACUCUGAUCCCCUCGCGAAUGAUAGGGACCUGGUGCAGUAUGCGCUUGGGAUAUUCCACAAGAUUAAGGAUAUAUCGGAGCUCAUCCCGCUUAAGAAGCUACACGUCGUCGUUGUCGAGCUAGAUCGCGCAUCAAGCGCGGCGGUCGAAAUGAGCCAGAGGAAAAGGGUUUCUGUGAUCCAGGGCGCGGUUAGCGGAGAAAAUUUGUCGGCGGCAGCUACUUCCAAGGUCUGGGACCAAACCAAGCCGAGUGACGAUGGUCUGAGGGAUGCGACGGCGGCCGAGAGUCGUUGGGGGUUCGCAAAUGACCAAGCUGUCGUCGCGGCUCUGCCCCAUCCUAUCAUGGGGUGGGACGACGAUUACCUGGGGGAUCCGGCGCCCGAGGGCUUGCUAUCACCCUUCAACCCUAAUCAGUUGGUUAUCGAUCCGUUUGACGGCGACUAUGGUCCGUUUGGCGGCGAUUGGCGGGAUGUUCCCAUGACCCAGCAAGGAUUGGAGGAAUUCGCAUUUUGGCCUUAG